CUGGUGCUGGGACUAGGAGGCCACAUACACACUCUUCCUCUUUUGUUUGCCUCAACCUCUGCAACUCAGAGGUAGGCUUCCUCCACAGAUGGAGGUUUCAUUUAACCAUUCUUUACUUUUUGAUACAGCAUCCUCCACGCCCCUUUACAAAGAAUGAAAGAUCACUGUCCUGAGGUGCUUACAGUCUAGAUACUGAUGCAAGGGAGACGACAGCAAAGCAGGUGGGGGGCCGGGGGCAGAAUAGAGGCUGGAGUAAAAGAGAAAGAGUGAGGAAGUAUAUGUGAUUAUUUAACUUAAACUCAGAAGCUUAGUUACAGUAAUUACUGGCUUAAUUAUACUUUCAGCUACAUUUCCCCCAAUUAGCAUUUGCUAUCAAACAGAAAGAAAAACAUUCCCUGCCAACUCUUUUUUUCUUUUUAAUGUAAACUUGCAGGGUUUAAGGCUUAUACUUUUUGAGUCAAAAUAAUUGCAGAUACCUAUCAUGGGCUCGUGGUCAUAGCAAUGCCACCUUAAAUAUUUCUUCCAUCCGGAAAAGACUGCUGGGUGCAAACAGUCUCUCCCUCCUCUAGAAACACAAAGGAGGGAAAAGCAAGUUUUAAAGUUGAGGCCUUAGUUCUGGAGCAGAAAUACACAGUCACACGUUCCCUGGGGUGCUGUUUAUUUUUUUAAAAGCAAACAAACAGCAGUGGUGUGCAGAGGAGGAAGGCGGCACCUGGUGCAAAGGACUGCUGCUAAAAAGAUUCUGUAAUCGGUUAGUUAAGCUGAACAGAGGCCAACCUGGAAGGCCUUACCUGCUGAGCCAGCCCCACCCCCCCAGCUGUGACAGUCAAUUGGGAGCCGCCUUGCUGUGAGGCUGAGCCGAGUGCUGGCUUUGAUUCGAACAGAGCAUUGCAAGUUGACAAACCAGCCCAGCCGUAGCUGGCCUCAUAUUUGGCAGUCAGAGCCAUCUGCCAGGCCUGGGCAGGCAGGUACACAGGACUCAGCCCAGAGGGCCAGCAGCUGGAAAAGGAGGAGGAGGAGGCCAGGCCCGGAGUGUCUGCCUGCUGGGGCUCCACGACAGCAAGUGAAAGAAGAGAAGAGGCCAGUUCGAUCCCAGCUCUCCUGAAAGCAGCAUUCUUUCCAAGCCAGGUGAGGUUGGGACAUGCCAUGGCUGGUCUGCUUCCCUGGCACGGAUCGGCAGAAGAUCGAGGCUGCCGUCCAGCACGGGCCAGUCCUUAUCGUGAGGCAGCGGCUGAGAUCAGGAUGGGAACGCCCCUCCCUGAUGCUGAGAGGGCCCUUGGGCCAGAGCCGGUCCCUGCAGCUGACCUAGAGGAGGAAGAGGAGGCUGGCUUAGAGGGCGCAGCUCCUCCAGGCACCCUCAGCCCAGAUCUUGGACUCUUGGAGAUGGAGGAGGAUGGUGGUGGUGAGGGUGAAGUGGCAAGGGCCGUGCCAAUGGUGUUGUUCAAAGACGGCCUCGCACCCUGGAGGAGUGCAGAGGAGCAGAGCCCCAGUUGGGCUGUGGGCAGGAGGCAGGAGGAGCAACCUGGGGAGCCCUGCAAAGGUCCCGGAGAGUCUCCAGCUAUCUGUUGUCCUGACCCAGCAUGCGUUUCUUCCGCGGACAGAGAAGAGGACAGCAUUUUUCUUGCGCCCACCGAGUUGGACGAAGGGAGCUACAGCACACAAAUGGGAGAAGAAGAGGAGGUGGGAGAGGUGUGCCCCUUGCAGAGCACGUGUCUGGCCCCGGAAGAGGCUGUGGCGGCCCUCUCCUGCUGUGUCCAGGCAGAGGACCCCAGUGGCGAUGAACAGGAGUGCCCAAUAUGUACAGAACUGUAUGACCACGACCGCCACAAGCCGGCCUUGCUGAACUGCAGCCACAUCCUCUGUGGCCAGUGCCUGCACGCCAUCAUGGAGGCUGCCAGCGCCGCUGACAUCGGCCGUGUGCGCUGCCCCAUCUGCCGCCAGAAGACACCCAUGAUGGAAUGGGAGAUCUGCAAGCUCCAGGAGGAGCUGCUCCUGCUGAGCUCCACGCAGGGCCCAGCCUUGGGUCCACAGGCCUUCCAUCCCCUGCCAGCCCGGCACCCGGGGGUCUGGGGAGGCUUGGAGCACCACUUCCAGGUCCGCUUCCACACCAGCCGCAUGAUCGGCUUCCUCCCUUGCCUCCGCUACCCGCCCUGCCUGAUCAGCGGCCUGGCCCGGCUGGAGCGCCGUUGCCACGGGUGUUACCGCUUGGCACUGGUGGCGCUGCUGGGGGUGGAGAUGCUGAGUCUCCUCCUUGUCUUCCUGCCCAUCAUCUUGCUGCUCCUGCUCUUCCUGAUCCUGGACAAGUAGAAUGUGUGACUCCUGGGUUGACUCUUGGCCUGGGAUUGGGGCUGAAAAGGUCAGGAGCUGAGCCCAGUGGCCGCCCCAGUGGCCCUCCCAGGCCCACCGGCGUAACUAAGGAAGCAACUUUUUCACUCUUGCUCCGUCACACACCUUUCCUUUGCCAUGUUGCUGAACUGAGCCAUGCAGAGCUGCACUUGUUGGCUCCUUCCCGCCCCGGCACUGGGAAAAGACCAGCAUUUGAAGCCUCUCUGUGUAGGAGAGGAUGGCAUGACAGGCGUUUGAUGGGUCCCUCGAGGAGCGGACCUGAAACGCCUUGGAGUUCCAGUUAGGGUUCCCAGCUGCCGCUUCUCUUGAACUCUCCAAGGGCCUAAACAACUUUAGAUGAGCCGCAAAUGCGCACGUGCUGUUGGUUGACCACUUCUGUUGACGUCUUGAGGAAAAGGGCUAGUCACAGAAUUUUGGCAGUCUGUGGAGGUGCCACAGGAGAAGUGGAAGGCUGGUUUGCUAAGGAGACGUUUCAAGGGGGAGGACCAGAAUGCCUCUGUCUGUCAGCAGGCAGAGCUCCUGCGGGAGAGCCACUGAAGGUUACGGAGCUGAGGUGGGGUGGGUAGCCACAUGUGGCCAUUCCUCAAGCUACUUCCCAUCUCAGAAAAAAAUGUCCUCUUCCUCUUUUACCUCUGAGGCAAUUCUAUGAAUUCAUAUGAACCUGAAAAGAGGAAAGAAAAUAUUGGCCCGCGUUAUCUGCGGUCUUUAUUGUUUUUGUUAUGGUGGUGAUUUAACAGAUGACUUUGAAUGCAGCCCUUAAAACCCCAGUGACUUUUUUAUUGUGCAAGGAGAUGCAAAUGGCUUCCAGUGUGUCAUGUUUGCUGGGGGGGGGGCUGGGGCUGGUCCCACUUUCCCCCCUUCUGCCCAAACCACUCACAGCGCUGGGCCCUGCUUUCCAAAAUAGGCCAGACUGCUUGCAUUUCAUUCUCUUCUCUAAGGAAGCCUUGCUCUCUCUUCUCUGAUAUAUACACAGAAAAGUCACUCUGCCCAUGCUCAGAUAUCCUCUUUCCUGUUACUCAUGGUCAGGCUUUGGCAACAGCCCUGCCCAGCCACCCCUCUGAAAAGCAUCCUGCCCCAACAACGUCUGGACGGGCUCCACAGGCAUUCUCUGCUGGCUUUCAUGACCACUUCCAGAAGCUGUUCUUUUGUGCCCAAGGGCCAGCACCUCCGCCUGCCCACCGUGGGAAGAGUUCUGCUGGAAAAGCUUUGCCUCGGGUGGCAGGACUGAGAAAAGUGCCUUUAAGGUUUCCAGCAGAGCUUCCAGAGUGUAUGAGUCAGCCUGGCAGAGCCCCAGAUGCCCUCUGCCUGCCCGCCUGCCCGCCCAGCAGAAGAGCAGCGGGCUGUGCUCUGUCUUGUCCUGCCUGGGAGGGAGAGGACUGCAGUCUUGGCACUGACUGGUAGUGCAAGAAGCCCUGUUGCCCCAGCUGACCUGGUCAGGGCCAACCGUACCAACCGUUAGGCAGAGUGAGGCGGCUGACUCAGGCGGCCGGUCCUUGGAGAAGUAGCAACAGCCCCCUGGCUGUUUUUCCUGACCCCCCCCCCCAGCCUGUCAUUCACCUUUGCUAGAGGGUAGAGUUGUGCAUGCCUGGCCCGGGCCCCCUAAACUAUCCCGAUGCCUGUCACAGAUUCAGCUGACUCCAUUCUGCUUCUGUAUCUUGAAUGGCGGCCGGGGAGGGGGACUUGUCCUUUGCCUCAAGUAGCGAAAUGUCUCGGGCUGGCCCUGGUCCCACUUCCUGCCCUGGGAUCCUCGCUUGAUUGUGCCCAAAGUCUCUUGAGUCCAGCAUCACAGAAGCCCAAAGCGGGAGCAGAAUAACCCACACGACCCCUCCGUGCCCGUCUGAGUGCCCAGCAGCUGCUGCCCAGCGGCUGCCAGCCAUGGCUGUGACUUGUUUUGUGUGCUGCUAGUCACUGGAGCAGGCCUUGCAAUGAGCUUGGGGUAGGCUGGGGGCUGUGCUGUCUGCACACCAGUGCCCACCAGGCGACAGUGCUGCAGGUGGGAGGCCUUGCCUCCCUCAUCCAUCAUGAAUUUGCCCAACCAGAGGGGAGGAGGAGGUACAUUCCUCUCUCUGUCCUGAAUCCCCGGGCAAUCAAUUUAAUCAGAUAACCUCAAAUGACAGUAUUAUAAGAGAGACAGCAAAACUUCUCUCCCUCUGCUCUCUCCACACCAGGCAGAAGUUUAUAAAUGUCUGCCCUUCUCCCACCCCCAGGGCAACUUUUAUUCUAAGCUAAAUAGCCCCCCAGCCUUGUAACAUUUUCUCCAGCCCCCGUGGCCAGUUUGGCUGACCUUUUUUGCAUCUUUUCCAGUUCUGCAAUAUCCUUUUUAACCCCCCUCCAGAAAAGCUGAGGCGACCAGAACUGUCUGCAUCUUCCACGUAUAAUAUUUAUAAAAGCAUUCUGAUACUGGCUGAUAUAUUUGUCGUUUCUCUUCCUGCUAAUUUCCUUGCCUUGAAUUGGCCUUUUCCGCUGGCUGCUUGUUCAGGCUGCUGGCCCUUUUGCCAUAUUCUUCUGCAGAAUUGAUUAUUUUCAAAAAUGUGCUCUUGUUUUGUUUCCCGAUUAGAGAUCAGUGCAGUCUUGUCCUUUGGAAAUGCCCCCCACAUGCACACACGUCUUGAGUUCAAUGAGAAAGCCCAUCGACAACCUGCUGGUGGUGCAGUGGAGGGAUUGCCUCCUCCAACAGCCUUUGGGGGCCUUACUCUUUUCGAAAAGGAGCAGGCGCUUUAAAGGACCCCUCCCACUGCACACAUUUUUGCCAGAAGCAGCCAUGCUAGCUUCAAGUGACUGUCGGGGCCCUCAGCGCAAGCACCUAUAUAUAGCCCAAGUGUUUUGAGGCGGAGGGGAUCUCCUCUCUGCUGUGCGUCUCCCAAUGCCUGCUGCCAGCUGCCUUUGCCAGCCCUCUGUAAAGUGCAAGGCCUUGCACGGCCCCCCUCCCUCCUGGAGCCGUCUGUCUGCCUCAGAUAGGGAACAGGAGGGGCUGAUGCUAUUCGUCCCUGCCUCAGUUGUUGCCUGGCAACAUGCAUGAGCUCUGCAGUACCAGCCAAG